GGCAACAGGGAUGAACUGGCACGGCUUGGGCAGCCUGCCCAGCCACACAUCCUCCCGGCUCCCAGCUCGGGGAUUUCUGCCCGAGGGCGAAAGAGGAACCGGCAGAGGGAUGGAGAGGCGGAGCGGUGGGAGCGAGGGGCACAGACAGCAGUGGCUGCGGGAUGAUUUGAGGGUGCCCGUGGGGACAUGCUGGCACGGGACAUGCUGGCACGCUUACUCUGCAGGUCCUUAAUGACGCGUCUGAGCUCCCCGUCCCCUGCCAUGGCUCCAGCUCUGGACCUCUGCAAAGGCAGGGACACCCAUGAGAGGCGCUGAGCUGGCUUGCACUGCUGCAUCCCCAAAUUCCAGCUUGGCCUCCCACUGCCCCACUGAUGGAGACUUUCACUCCCCUGGCUCUACACUGGGGCUGCUUUCUGCUAAGCCCCAGGACCUGGAGUCCCCUCCGGCGCACGCCUUCAAGAUGACGAGCUUCAAGAAGGUGAAGGCAUGCGGGAUCUGCCGGCAGGCCAUCACGCGCCAGGGCAGCACCUGCCGAGGCUGCAAGCUGUCCUGCCACACCAAGUGCCAAAGCAAGGCUGCUACCCCGUGCUCCCCUGCUGUCAACUAUGAGCUGCCAUCCCCAGGGCAGAGCAUCACCAAGCAGGUGGACACCCCGGACGCCACGAGGUCCCCCAGAGGCGGGCAGGCACACCGCAAAACAGCCAGGAGCAUGAGUGUGACAGUGGCCAUGGAGAGCAGCUGUGAGCUGGACCUGGUGUACAUCACAGAGCGCAUCAUUGCCGUCUCCUACCCCAGCACAGCUGAGGAGCAGAGCUUCCGCAGCAACCUCCGCGAGGUGGCCCACAUGCUGAAGUCCAAACAUGGGGACAACUACGUGCUUUUCAAUCUGUCAGAGCGGAGACAUGACAUCAGCAAACUUCACCCCAAGGUGCUGGAUUUUGGAUGGCCUGACCUGCACACGCCAGCACUGGAGAAGAUCUGCAGCAUUUGCAAAGCUAUGGACACGUGGCUGAACGCGGCGGCUCACAAUGUGGUGGUGCUGCACAACAAGGGGAACCGAGGCCGCCUGGGGGUAGUUGUGGCUGCCUACAUGCACUACAGCAAUAUCUCGGCCAGUGCUGACCAGGCUCUGGACAGGUUUGCCAUGAAGCGCUUCUAUGAGGACAAGGUGGUGCCGGUGGGGCAGCCCUCUCAGAAGAGGUACAUCCACUACUUCAGUGGGCUCCUCUCUGGCAGCAUCAAGAUGAACAACAAGCCCCUCUUCCUGCACCAUGUCAUCAUGCACGGCAUCCCCAACUUUGAAUCGAAAGGCGGUUGUCGGCCCUUCCUGAAGAUCUAUCAGGCCAUGCAGCCCGUCUACACAUCGGGGAUCUACAACGUGCAAGGGGACAGCCAGACGGGCAUCUGCAUCACCAUCGAGCCGGGGCUGCUGCUCAAAGGCGAUAUCUUGCUCAAGUGCUACCACAAGAAGUUCCGCAGCCCGACCCGUGAUGUGAUUUUCCGCGUGCAGUUCCACACUUGCGCUGUGCAUGACUUGGACAUUGUCUUUGGCAAGGAGGACCUGGAUGAGGCAUUCAGAGAUGAACGCUUCCCUGAAUAUGGAAAGGUGGAGUUUGUGUUCUCCUACGGCCCUGAAAAGAUCCAAGGCAUGGAGCACCUGGAGAACGGCCCCAGCGUCUCAGUGGACUACAACACAUCCGACCCGCUCAUCCGCUGGGACUCCUAUGAGAACUUUAACAUCCAGCGUGAGGACAGUGCUGAGGGGGCCUGGGCUGAGCCAACGCUGCCGGGGAAACAUCUGGAGAAAGAGGUUGGGCACACGCAAGGGCCCCUGGACGGGAGCCUCUACGCUAAAGUGAAGAAGAAAGACUCCCUGCACGGCAGCAUCGGCGCUGUCAACACCGCCCGCCUCCCCCUCUCAGCAGCCCCCAACCACGUUGAGCACACACUGUCGGUGAGCAGCGACUCGGGCAACUCCACUGCCUCCACCAAGACCGACCGGACGGAUGAGCCAGGGGCUCCCGGGGCACCCGGUGGCCACGCGGUGCUGAGCCCUGAGGAGAAGCGGGAGCUGGACCGUCUCCUGGUCGGCUUUGGCUUGGAGAGCGCGGCACCCAUGCACAACCACGCACCAGGCCCCGCACCUGCCCGCCUGCCCGCCGGGUCGGGCCGCCACGUAGUUCCAGCCCAGGUGCACGUCAAUGGUGCUGGCACACCACUGCUGGCCGAGCGGGAGACGGACAUCUUGGAUGAUGAACUGCCCAACCAGGAUGGGCACAGUGUGGGCAGCCUGGGCACGCUCUCGUCCUUAGAUGGCACCACCACUGCCAGCGAGGCUGGCUUCCACGAGGCGCCACGUGUGGGCAGCCUCUCUUCGCUGCCCAACGGCCCGGCUAGCUACAAUGGGGCUGAGAAGAUGCUGAAAGAAGGGCUUUAUGAGGCUGAGCCUCUCUCCAACGGUGCCUACCCCUACAGCAACCAGAAUACCCUGAUGGGCCACCACCUCCGUGACCCGCUGGCUCACUUACGGCCCUCAGCAUCCACGCAGGAGCACCUGGCUGGGUACCCGCAGCGGCAGCCAGCUUCAGCUUCACCGGCCUGGCUCCAGCCUCCGGUGCCACAGCCCUACCUGUACGGUUAUGACUUACCCAGUGCCCACCGCUCUCAGUCCUUCCCGGCUGUGGGGACAGCCAAGUACGAAGCGAACCCGGCAUUACCGCAGGCUCCGGCUCGCAGUACCAGCAGUCGGGAGGCUGUGCAGCGGGGCCUGAAUUCCUGGCAGCAGCAGGGCGGCAGCCGACCACCAUCCCAGCUUCAUGAUGGUGGGUUGGAGAGCCACAGCCCCAGCCUGUCCAGCUGCAGCCCCCAGCCCAGUCCGCUGCAGCCCAUGCCCCCGCACAGCCACAGCAUGCCCGAGUUCCCCCGGGCUCCAUCGCGCCGGGAAAUCGAGCAGUCCAUUGAAGCACUUGAUGUCCUGAUGCUGGACCUUGCACCCUCCGUCCAUAAGUCACAGAGUGUCCCCUCCGCAGCCGCCCGCCAGGACAAGCCGGCUGCCAUGCUCUCCUCAUUAUCUGCACAGCCACUCAGUGGUCACUAUGCUCAGCCAGCCCCACAGGUGGUUCAGCCCAGGUCCUUUGGCACCUCUAUAGGCACUGAUCCCUUGGCCAAAGCCUACUCUCCUGGUCCACUGGUUCCUGCGGCUCGAAGUACUGCGGAACCAGACUACACUGUGCAUGAGUACCGGGAAACCUAUACUCCCUAUAGCUACCAGCCAGUGCCAGAGCCUCGGAGCUAUGGCAGUGCACCAGCGAGCAUCCUCCCACUCAGUGCCUCGUACAGCCCUGCAGGGUCUCAGCAGCUUCUCGUCUCUUCCCCGCCAUCCCCCACUGCACCAGCACAAAGCCAGCUGCCCCACAAGGGACUGGAGAGCUAUGAAGACCUGUCGAGAUCGGGAGAAGAGCCUUUGAAUCUGGAAGGGCUGGUGGCCCACAGGGUGGCAGGGGUGCAGUCCCGGGAGAAGUCCCCAGAGGAGAGCACUGUCUCUGCCCGAAGGCGAACCCCCAGUGACAGCCACUAUGAGAAGAGCUCGCCGGAGCCCAGUUCUCCCCGCAGUCCUACCAUCCUCUCGCCCGAGGUGGUCAGCACCAUCGCGGCCAACCCCGGAGGGAGGCCCAAGGAGCCUCACCUCCACAGCUACAAGGAAGCCUUCGAGGAGAUGGAGAGUGCCUCCCCCAGCAGCCCGACCUCCGGCGGUGUGCGCUCUCCACCUGGCCUGGCCAAGACCCCUCUCUCAGCACUGGGGUUGAAACCCCAUAACCCAGCCGACAUCCUGCUGCACCCAGUGGGAGAGCUAGAAGGGGAGGCGGGAGCUGACUCUGAAGAAGAGCCCAGGAGCUAUGUUGAGUCAGUGGCCAGAACGGCCACAACGGGCAGGGCAGGGAACCUUCCAACUGCCCAACCUGUGGGCCUGGAGGUGCCUGCCAGGAACGGUGCCUUUGGCAACUCCUUCACUGUGCCCAGCCCCAUCUCUACUAGCAGCCCCAUCCACAGCAUGGACGGUGCCUCGCUCCGCAGCUACCCAUCGGAGGGCAGCCCCCACGGCACGGUUACACCUCCCCACGCUGUGGCUGAGCCAGCUUACCGGUCACCCAUUGUCUCGCAGACGCCCUCUGCUCACAGCAGCUACCAAACCUCGUCUCCAUCAUCCUUCCAAGCGGGAACACUGGGCUCUCCCUAUGCCAGCCCUGACUACCCUGAUGGCCGAGCUGGCUUCCAGCCAGAUCCCCAGGUUCGGCAGCAGCCGCAGGUCAGUGUGGUGGGUGUUCAUGCGCUGCCAGGGAGCCCCCGCACCCUGCACAGGACAGUGGCUACCAACACGCCGCCCAGCCCUGGCUUUGGGCGAAGAGCUGCCAACCCUGCUGUUGCCAGCACGCCCGGCAGCCCUGGGUUGGGCCGGCACGCCAUGUCCCCCCAUGCGCCACCGGGGAGCCCCAGCCUUGCCCGGCAUCAGAUGGCAGCCGUGCCUCCUGGCAGCCCCAUGUACGGCUACUCCAGUCCAGAGGAGAGGCGCCCGACGCUGUCCCGGCAGAGCAGUGCGUCCGGCUACCAGCCUCCCUCCACACCAUCUUUCCCCGUCUCACCGGCGUACUAUCCUGGCACCAGCACGCCGCACUCCUCCUCCCCGGACUCCGCCGCCUACCGCCAGGGCAGCCCUACUCCACAGCCUGCACUGCCUGAGAAGAGGCGGAUGUCAGCCGGCGAGCGCUCCAACAGCCUGCCCAACUACGCCACGGUCAACGGCAAGGCCUCCUCGCCCCUUUCCAGCGGCAUGUCCAGCCCCAGCAGCGGCAGCGCUGUGGCUUUCUCCCACACCCUGCCGGAUUUCUCCAAGUUUUCCAUGCCAGACAUCAGCCCUGAGACUCGUGCCAACGUGAAGUUUGUGCAGGACACUUCUAAGUACUGGUACAAGCCAGACAUCUCCCGGGAGCAAGCCAUUGCACUGCUGAAGGACAGGGAGCCAGGGGCUUUCAUCAUCCGGGACAGCCACUCCUUCCGGGGAGCCUAUGGCCUUGCCAUGAAAGUAGCUUCUCCGCCUCCCACCGUCAUGCAGCAGAACAAGAAAGGAGACAUCACCAACGAGCUGGUGAGGCACUUCCUCAUCGAGACCAGCCCACGGGGUGUGAAACUAAAAGGAUGCCCCAAUGAGCCUAAUUUUGGCUGCUUGUCGGCUCUUGUCUACCAGCACUCCAUCAUGCCUCUGGCCCUUCCCUGCAAGCUGGUCAUUCCUGACCGAGAUCCCAUGGAGGAAAAGAAAGAUGCUGCGUCGACCACCAACUCAGCCACAGAUCUUCUCAAACAGGGUGCGGCCUGCAAUGUCCUCUUCAUCAAUUCAGUGGAGAUGGAAUCGCUCACAGGCCCCCAGGCCAUCUCCAAGGCUGUGGCAGAGACGCUGGUGGCCGACCCCACGCCAACUGCUACGAUUGUCCACUUCAAAGUCUCUGCACAAGGCAUUACCUUAACGGACAACCAGAGGAAAUUGUUCUUCCGGCGACACUAUCCUCUCAAUACUGUCACCUUCUGUGAUUUGGACCCCCAGGAACGAAAGUGGACUAAAACUGAUGGCAGUGGUCCAGCCAAGCUCUUCGGCUUCGUGGCCAGGAAGCAAGGGAGCACCACAGACAACGUCUGCCACCUCUUUGCAGAGCUGGACCCGGACCAGCCAGCUGCAGCCAUUGUCAACUUUGUCUCCAGGGUCAUGCUUGGCUCUGGCCAGAAAAGAUGAGCUGGUGCUUGCGGGUGAUUCUUGAAUUUUGGAGAAGGACUUGGAGCUGAUCCGAGAAGGAGUGUGAGGAAGUGCAUUUGUGGGAGAGGGAAGUGAAUUGGGGGGGGAGGGUAAGGGUUGGAAUUGUGGAGGAAAACAGCAAACGAUGACAAAAAAAAACCCAAAACAAAACCCUAAAAACUCGACAGAAGCUAAACACACACAUAGAAGAAUCAAACCACACACCUAUGUAACAGAGCCAUGAAGUCAACACCAAACAGGGAGAGGAUGCGGAUGCAUGUCCCACUGCAGGGAAGGUGACCAAAGUGAAGGUGGCAGCGAGAGGAGUUCCCAGCUUUCGACAUUGCAGUCCUGAGGCCACACCAAGUGGUGAUGUUUGCUCCAGAUCCAAUGUGUGGUCGUCAUUUGGAGGGGAAAAAAAAAAGAGAGACAAAACAGCAAAAGCUAUGGAAGAAGCCUUCAUCGGUGAACAUCUGCUGCAUGUUUGACACAGCCUACAGAGAAUAACGCCCUGCUGCCGUGUGGGCCCAGGUCUGCAGGACACUGAAGGAGAUGCCUUUGGAAACCUCCCCUUGCCGUGCUGCAGCAGAGGGUUCUGCCAGCUUACACCGAAACCUGCUGGCCACCCUGCUGGGGUGUGCAACGGCUUGGUCCCAAACCCUCUUGUCCCCUGGGUGCUUGGCUUUGGGCUACCCUCAGCUGCUGGCCCAGAGCCCAGCACAGGUGAUGCAUCACAAGUCCACCCACAGAGGGGCAAUGCAGCAUCUCCUCCACUCCUGGGCAGCUCCUGCGCUCCAUGCCUGGAAGAGGAGGAUACUCCUGGUCUGGUGGAGGAAGGAAGGCACCUCCUCGCUCAUCUUCCCCUUUUACCUCCUGUCACCAAUCCUCUUUAACAGUUUUCUCCUGUGGCCUGUCACACGUUCUCUUAACAGAAAAGAAAAACAAAAAAAAGAGAAAAAUGUUAUAAUAAUAAUAAUAAUAAUAAUAGCAGAUGCUUGCACAGGUGGGUUUCCUGUGUGGAGCAGUGGACCCGUGGCCGGCCCUAUCUCUCUCCUUGGAGAUGUGCAAGCAGUUUUUAAAUUGCAUGGACAUUCAAGUUGCACGAAAGGCGAAUAACUACAAGUAACUCAGGCGCUUUCUCUUGUUUUUAUUUUUGGAGGCCACGUUAAAAAAAAAAAAAAAAAAGAGAGAGAAGGAAGAAAAAAUAUUUAGAAAACAACAGCAACAACAAAGGAUCAGCAGUUGCUGGACAGCUUUGGCUCGGUGGGGAGGCCACAGGUCCUCUGAGAGCCACCCUCUGCCUUCCCCAUGGUUGAAGGUGUGCACCCUGAAUGCACUGCAGGCUUUUCCCUGUGCAUGGGGAUGUGCAGGGGCUGGGGGCCCUGUGCCCUUAUGGCUGAGCAUUGUGGUGUUGGGGAGCAGAGGUUCCAGCCCCAGAUAUGGCUCUAGUGGUGGUUGGUGGGGAGCAGUGUGCAGGUUUGGGGCAGAGCUGAGCACUGUGCUGCAAGCACAGGAGUCCAGAGGUUGUUUUUUUGUGGUUUUUAUGUUUGGAGAAGUUUCGGUGCAGAGUGGCCCAGAUAGCCUGCUGGGGGCAAACAAUUAGACUCCUACUGCUGCAGCCCCCCAGAGAACUCACCUCCCUCGGACCACCCUUGCCUUGAUAGCUAUAAUAUAUAUAGGAGCUAUACUGACGAAAUACUGUAAGCUAACAAAAUUUAAAGGAGGAAAAAAAGGUUAAAUUGACACUCUGAAAAUAUUUAUUAUUAUUUUUUUUUGCCAUAUUUUGCUUUCUGCGCAUCGAUUCUCCCCCUUGUUCUAUCUGCCUUCCCCCCCGCCCUGGGGGCAAACACCUGCACGUCAGAAGUGAAUUGGGUGCAAGGGAAGCGCCGAUAGGGCGUGCGGGUGCCACGUGGGGGACAUGCGUGUGACCGUGUGCGUGUGUGUGCGCGAGAGAGCGACGGCGUGGGCGCGGAGGGGCCGGCGUGGCCGGAGGCUGGUUGGUGUAUGGCAGGUGAUGGAUGCGUAGUGGGGAUUUGGGUGCGAGACUGCGGUGGGAUGCAUGGAGGACGGGGCCUUCCCCCCCCUCCUGGUUCCCCCUAUCCGCAUGGAUGCGAAGACCUUUUCAUAUUUUAUCUUUUUUUUUAAUGAUGUUUCUAAAGCGAUUCCCUCCUUCUGCAAAAUUCAAGUGAGAUGAGAGAUGAUCUCACCUGUCAUCUCCUCACCCUGCCGGUAACCGAUUAGAGGAAACACUGUGUUUAUAGAUAUAUAAAUAUAUAUUUUUUUGAAAGUCUCUAUUUUUCAGACUUGGUUUUCUCACUGCUAAGAAAGAAAAGAGAUGAUAAUAAUGUAAUUUUAUUUUAAUCUGCUGCCUCAGUGCUUGAGCCUCCCCUUCACCUUCCUGUCCCAUAGGGCGAAGCAGAUUGGAGCACCCAGAGGUGCUGGCAGCAGCACGCCUGCUUCAAGGCUCCACAUUGAUGCUCAAGCUGGAGACAUAGCCUGUGUCUGAAUGGCAAACAUUAACCAUUGUGUAGUUUUUAACAUAGAGCUUCCAAUGAUGUCAGCAGGCAUUUGUCAGCUCCCUUUAAGGCACUUUCCUUCUUUAUCUCCUUUUAAAAGUUACAUUUUUUUGGCUGUAACUCCCCACCAGUUGGGCUGUCGGGGACCCAGCACUGUGUCAAUGUUUUUCUUUACAAAAGGGACGGAUGAGAUCCUUUGGUUUUUCUUUGGCUUUGCCAUGCAGUCGCGGUAUCAGAGAGCCCAGCUUGUGCGCGUUCACCCUGCUCGUGUCCUAUUGUAACCACACCACCAGGCGUUCUCUCUCUCUCACACACACCAACACAUCCCUCCUUCCUGCACAAAGAACUGCAUAUAUUCUUGCCAAAGAUAUCCUUAAAAACGCACUUUUCCCCACAUUAUAUAUAUAUAUAUAUAUAAUUUGUGUGUGUGUGUGUGUGUACAUUUGUCGUACGUCACCUUUUUGUGUUGAUUUGUUCUUUGGAGAACCUUCCUGUUCCCACUCCUCCUCCCUUUGUUGUCAGUGUUGCUGCCUUACAAGAAGGCUCCUGGGGGUUUCCCAUCCGACCCGGUAAUUAUCUGGGAGUUUGGCUGUGUCGCUGUCUGCUGGAGGGAUGCACCCUUUGUGCAAUAAGUGGUUCAUUCCCAUUGGAUAUAACCAACCAAAUGAAGUCAGGUUUUGGUUGUUCUGGAUGAAACAUGUGCUGAUCAAACCAAGCUUGGAAUAUCAUAGAGUUGUGGAAUUGUUGGAGUUGGAAGGGUCUGGUGGGGAGAAAACCUAGUUCCAGCCCCUCCUGCAGAUUGAUGCUGUGGGAAGGGGUCCCACAGGCAGAGCCAGGCUUUGUCCCAGCCUCCAGGAAACACCUGGAUGUGGCCAUAGCCUCUGGGCGUUGAUUUUUUAGCAGUGAAGCAGCCAAACUGGAGCACACCCUGCCCAGCAGGUUGGGCAGGUACGGAGCCGGCCGCCCCAAAAACCCAGACGGCAUCAUCGGCAAAUGGAACCCUUCCCGUUGGAGCAGGCAGGGAGAUCAGACAGCAAAAGAGCCCGCAGGGGCUUGUUUGAUUCCGUUCGUUUGUUUUGCAAAUUGCGAGGUUGGGUUGGGGUUACUAUUUUUUUUUUUUCUUUUCCUUAAAAAGGAGAAAAAAAAAAAAAAAAGGAAGCAACCCACCAUUUCUGUUGGCGGAUCCAACACCGCCGUGUUUUGCGUGGUUUUUUCUUUUUCCUGUUGUCUUUGUUACUUUGGGAAUGUUACAGAUUUAUUUGCUAAUCAGUGUUAAUGAACAGUUUAAGACUUUCAGACUUGCCCCUUUCUGUGUAUUUAUAUAGAUGGAAAAGAAAUAUGUUAUAUUUUGUAUCUUUGUGCCCAUGGUGUCGUCGCGCGUGUAAAGAUGACUUUGGUCGCACCGUGUCCAUGUGUGAAUGUGACUCUGCUUUCGUCUUCCCCUUUGUACAGACGUCUGAUUCUCCGCAGUUCAUUGUAUGGCUUUAUAAAGUGGUAAAAACAAAAAAUCAGUUAUAUAAAAUAUACUGUUGCUUGGAAUGCCA